AUGAAGGCGAAAAAGGAGGAUCUAAAAUCUUCCAGCAAAAACUUUGGCAUUCUUUAUCGUAGAAGCGAUAACCGGAAACCAUGUAGCACAUCCAGCAUUUACAAGGGUGUUAGACCUAGGAAAUCAGGUAGGUUUGCUGCUCAAAUUCGUGAUCUUCAAGGGGAUCGGUUGUGGCUUGGUACUUUCCACACUGAACUCGAAGCUGCUAAUGCUUAUAGCCGCAAGCAGGACGAGUUCGACGCAAUUUUAGAGGCUCAGAAGAGAAACUCUGCAUUGGAUUGUGAUCAGGGCAUCACAGAAGCUAGUAAUUUGGUUCAUUCAUCUCAAUCAUCUGAUCAGCAUGAUGACAUUGAAUUUUCAGGCAAAGAGAAUGAUGACAUGAUUAUAGAUGCAGAGAUACCAGUUUAUGAAGAAGAGCAGUCAGUGCUACAUUUGUUGGAGGAUCCAGUUGCACCAUCAUUGGAUUGA